AAAUAGAGUUAUGGAUAACCUCGACAAAAACCUUAUGCAAGGAAAAGACAACCCAGCUGCGAAGCGUCCUCGAAUUGACAGGCUUGCGGAAAAUAUGGGAUCUGUUGUAAAGAAGCCCGAUAAAGUCGAAAAACCAAUAGUCGCUCUUCUCGAUGGACGUGACUGUACUCAAGAAAUGCCCAUUUUGAAAGACAACGCGGUUCUCGCGUUCUGUGAUGCCACAAGUACUUCCGAAAUCCACCAGAAGGUCUUGAAUGAAGCUGUUGGAGCUUUAGUCUGGCAUUCUAUCACCCUAACCAAAGAAGAUCUACAAAAAUUCAAAUGUCUGAAGAUAAUCGUGAGAAUUGGAAGCAGCUUUGAUAACAUAGACAUUAAAGGAGCCGGCGAGCUAGGUAUCGCUGUGUGCAAUAUUCCCAGCUAUGGAGUAGAGGAAGUAGCUGACAGCACAUUAUGUAAUAUUUUGAACUUGUACAGAAAAACGUUUGAGCUGGCUUCCAAAGUUAAAGAUGGAGUGAAGUUCCCCAGUAUUGAGAGCAUCAAAAGUGCAGCACAGGGUUCACAAAGGAUUCGCUAUUCCGUUCUCGGUUUGAUUGGAUUAGGUCGCGUGGGGACUGCAGUUGCACUGCGUGCGAAGAUGUUUGGUUUUGAAGUCAUUUUCUACGAUCCUUAUGUGGUGGACGGGAUUGAGAAAAGCCUGGGAAUUACACGAACUGACAACCUGGACGAGAUCCUAUCUAAAAGUGACUGUAUAUCACUGCAUUGCACUCUGAACGAACAUACACAUCACCUGAUUAACGAUUCGGCUCUCCAUCGCAUGAAAAAAGGCGCGUUUUUGGUCAACACUGCUUGUGGUGGCUUGCUGGAUGAACACGCUGUGGCAAAUGCAUUGAAACUCGGCGUAUUAAAAGGAGUGGCUCUUGAUUGUUUGGAAAAUGAGCCCUUCUGUCUGACCGACAGUCCGCUGAGCCACGCCCCCAAUGUCAUUUGUACGCCAAAUUGCUCCUGGUUCAGUGACAAAAGUUGUAUUCAAGUGCGCAGAGAAGCCGCACAAGAAAUGCUACGAGGACUCACAUCCAAAAUUCCCGAUGGCCUCAGAAACUGCGUCAACAAGGAUUUCCUGGUGUUAUCCAACUCGUACAAUGAUCAACACCAGCAACAGCAACAACAGUCAGUGGUAGCUCAGGCAGCUAUCAAUCAGUUUACAGGGGCCAAUGCAUUGGCUGCAGCCGCUGCUCUCAACAAUGGAACAUUCAACGCAUACCCGAACCAAAACCUAGCUGCUUAUCAAGUUGCAGCAGCUCUACAAAACCAGCUAAGUGGAAUUGCACCGGCCAUCUCGAAGCCGAACGUGGCAGGGACUACCCCUGCCAUUGCGUCUCCUCAACCCACACCGACUCAAGUGCCAUCCACGCUGUCCAAUUUAAUGGCCGUCACCGAGCAGCUCAGCAACAUUCCCCCAGUCACCGCCGCACAGAACGGAACAGCAUCCGCAAAACAGAACCUCCCACCUCAGCAAGUCCAAACAACACACAUACCCGCAGCUGCACCGGCUGUAUCUGGCGCCCAGUUGGAGAGUUUGGCAGCCUCCAACGGAAACGGGGCUUCCAGAGGAGCAAGUCCAAAGCUGUCCUCCAACCCCACACCUCCCAAUCUCAGCGCUGGCGCGGACUCCACUACGACUGUGGUGGUCGGUGCAACCCAGCAGACGGCCAGCAAUGGGGAUGCGUGAAGUGGAACGAGAAUUGCGUGUCUGAAAAAGCUGCUGAGAUUCGGGCGAGGAAGUGACCUCGAUCUAAGUCAGCUGCUGGAACCGCAAAUCUGUUUCUAAAUGUGAACUGAAGUGGAACUGCUGAUUUAUCCAAAUUGUGUUUAAGACGUUAUUUGUUCAUUGUUUUCUUUCUCAAGGUCUAAUUCAUAACUAUAUAUAUUUCUUUUUUUUCUGAUGUGAUUCAAACAUAAAAUUUUGUCGAUGAUCGGUAACUAAAAAUCAGCUCAUUGAAAAACUUAGCAUGAUCAUCCUCAGAGAUAGUGUCGAUGCGUGUUUUGUUAGUUAAUUAAAUUUACUAUUAUUUAUACGUUAUUUAUACAUACAUUGUAUAUUUGUUGAGUUCGAUGAUUUUAGAGAGAUUUAACGCGAGGAGAAAAAGAGACUUAUGGCGUUUUUGAGUGUAGAUAUCAAUCUAGCCAGUAGAUGAAGAGAUGAACUAAAUUUAACUGUGGCUAAAAUACGUGUUGGUCGGUUUACCGUAGCUGAAUAUCUGAAGCUAUUUGUAUGGUGACUCUGAUGAUGCUAAUAUAAAACAGUGCGAUAGACUAUUUCUCGAGUUGAACUGAACGGUUUCAUUUUGAAGAAAGAGGAAAAAUGUUUUGCUGACGAUUUAACCUUAUUAAAAAAAACAGCCACACAAAGCAAAAUGUCAAGCUAAUGUUGAGGCAAGUUGUUCUCGUUGCUUGGAUUUCUAAAGCCUACUCAGAAGAUUCAGUGAUCUAUCUGUUUUGCUUUAGUUUUUGUUCAGUUCGACUUUUUUUGCCGUUGACUGACUAUCUUUGUUUUGAUGGCGUAAAACCUGUUCUGUGAUUCAACAUUAUCACCUUGUAUUAAAUUAAAACUGUUGAUUUUCAAA